UUAGAAAAGGGAUCGUUUUUCUGUGUCGUUCUUCCCCAGUGUUGUAGCUGAUUAUUUUGUGGAAAAGCAGCACAUGAGGUCAAGAUGUGCCACAGUACAUAAUCAAGGAAGACUACACACUUCCUAGGGUGCCUGUUCUCAGUGUGAGGAUCCAAGCAGGCAAGCUUUCUGCCCUCCCAGGCAGGAGCUCUGAAGUAAAGGGAAAUGACACUGGAGCAGAGGACCAAGUAUUAGCCUCUGUGCACCACUGACUUUGCCUGUAAACAGGAACUGGCAAAUUGUGUACACCUCUGAGGAUAAAAGAAAACUAAAAUACCAAAUAGUUAUCUGUGCACUUCUGUGAAACUUGCCUGCAAAGCACACACAACCACCAUGCAACGAUCGAGCACGUGGGGGUGAAAAUCUGCCUGCUGUGACACACUUGCCUGAAUUCUGUCAUGAAACAAAGGUUUGCACACAAGGCAGUCAGAAAGAAAAAGAAAGCUCUGUAAAUGUGAGGAGAGGACAAAAGUGUAGAAAAAGAAAAAUGGGGGGGAGGGAAAUUGAAGAGGUGGAGAAUUCUGAGAAAUGGAAACGUCCAGUUUGGCUUCAGAUACAAAGGGAGCUUUCUAACCUCCUAACACAUGGUUUCCUAGCAAAUACAGUGUUAGUAUAGCCAUGGAUAUUUCCAGACAAGGAAUCCAGUCAUAAAAAUUAUGAAAUCAAAUAAAUAAGUAUUGUCUCAAAUGCAAUAGACUCAUGUAAGUCAAUUAUAAUUCGUUUUUAAGCCAUCUUAAGUAGAAUUAUUAUUUGAAAAGAAAAGAUCUAUCAUGGACUUAACUAAAUUGAUGCAGAACUCUGUUAAGGAUAUUGAUUGUAACUGGAAAAGUACUGGCAAGUGAAGAGAGAAAUGAAGGGUUUUUUUAAAUAAUUUUAUCUAUGGUUUUCAGUCUUGCUGUAAGUAGGCUGGAAGUGAAAACAAUUGCUUUAGAUUGUUUUACAGUGACAGCUGUGGCUGUUGAAAUUGCUACAGACAUUAAGCAUCAGAUCUCCCUGUGAAAGGAUGACCCGUGCUCUGCUGACUAUGAAUCUAUGCUGACUUACACCAAGCACACACUGCACAGUGCUGGUCACACGGGAAAGCAGAUGGGAGGAGAAAAGAGGGAAAAUAAAUUACUUUUAUUUGUAUUUAAUAAAAUUUGGCCCACAGGCUUUCUGUGACUCAGUACUGAACAUCUGGGAUUGAUCACAGGAUCACAGACCGAGAAGCAGUCAUCUGGCUUCUAGAAAUAAACACAUUCAGUCCCUCUUCCACAACAUUAUUUUCUUAAUGAUAAAAUGCAACGGCCAUCUUAAGUCUUUUCAAUACUUGCAGCCACAGUACUUUUAACUUUUUAGUGUUACUUUUUCACAUCGGGGCAUCAGACAAUGUUAAAUUUCAUUUGAGCUUGGACUGGCAGCAUUUGGGACUGCCCUCCACACACACACACACACAGUUAAUUCACUGCUAUUCUGCUUCAAAAUUUUAUGAUACAAUGGCAGUCCUGCAAGUCCAGCUUUUGUUAGUUCCCUUCCUCACGAGCACCCUGGGAGCAGCACAGUACCUGGUGCAGGAUGCAGCGCUGAUGAACUACAUGGACCGGCGUUUCCUCUCCCUGGAGAAGAGGCUGGAAAAAUGCAACCAAGACAUACUGGAUUAUGUGGACGAAUUCCGAGACUUUUCAAAGAUGGCACUGUCGCGCCUGGCGGGACUGAACUCUUAUAAGGCUGAGGUUAAAAGUGAAGUACAGAAUUUGCUCACAAGAAUUGAACGAGCACAAAGGGACAUUGACUAUUUUGGAUCUGUCACAGAUUCUAACCCCUGCAUAGAAGUGCACGAAGACCUGGUGAAACAGCAGUUACUUGAAGAGGCAGAAGGAAAAAAGAAACUUAAACUCAUGCUUAAUGCAAGUUGUGACCACAUGCUUGCAGGUAUUAAGUCCCUAAAGAUAGUUAAGAAGACUGGAGAUAAGCAUGGCUCUUGGAUGAAAGAUCCUGGCAAAAAGCAUACGAAGAUUUAUUUAUUAAAUGGUUCUGUAAAUAAUGUUAUUUUUGAAUUUGCAAAUAUAAUGACAUUCAUGGAAAACAAUCAGACACUGAGUGCUCGCAGAGUCACAUUGCCAUUUCCCUGGGAAGGAACUGGCCAUGUCAUAUAUCGGGGUUUCCUGUUCUAUCAUAGAUACGGCUCCUUAAAUGAGAUUAUUAAAUUCAAUAUGCAGAGCAGAAAAGUAGUUGACCAAAUGCUACUGCCAGGGGCUGGAAGGAUUCCUGCCUAUCAGCUUUCCCCACACACAAAAAUAGAUCUUGCCAUUGAUGAGCAAGGGCUCUGGGCAAUCCAUGCAGAGCCAGAGACUGGAGGAAACAUUGUCAUUACUAAAAUCAACCACAUAACCAUGGCAGUGGAGCACACCUGGGACACACCCUGCAGCAGCAAGGAUGCUGAAGCAGCUUUCAUGGCAUGCAACACGCUCUACGUUGUCUACAACUCUCCUAGCGGAGGCACCUCUCGCAUACGAUGUGUUUAUGAUGUUUUGGAUGCUGUAAACACCUUUGAAAUCCCAGCACUGCACUUCCCAAGACGUCAGGGGAGUCACUCCACUAUACAUUACAAUCCUAAAGAAAAGCAACUCUUCGCUUGGGGUGAUGGAUCCCAGAUCAUUUACAAGCUUCACAUGCAGCAGAAAGUUUAGAAUCUUUAGCAACUUUUCAAAUAGACUUAAAACCUGCCAGUCCCAUGUCAACAUGACCAUUAAUGUGUAUUAAAAUUACAUUAUGCCCACCUGUUACAACUUUCACCUAUUUCACAUAACUUUAGGCUUAUGUACCCCAGUGAUCUUAAACUAAUGUCCAAUUACGAAUAUGUAAAGUCUCCAUUAUUAUAAAUUACAUGAUGACUAAAUGCUACAUGUGGACAACCCAUACACACACAUGCUAGUCCUAAAGAGUAAGGAAUAACAAUCCAUCUCUGACAUGUUCUCUUCCUCUCAAAAUUAUGUAUUCUGCUUCAGUGCUGUGGAAAUCAAAUCACAAGUCCUUCCUGUCCAAUACACACUAUCUGACAAUCUCCACCACUCUGAAGGUCAGUUUAGAAAGCCUUCUGGUAAGCAAUAUAAAAUCACAUGCUUCCAGAGAAAUUAUCCGUAAGUUUUAACUGCAGAGGUUUAUUGCAUCACAAAGUAUAAGAGUACAGACCCUCACAAACAUGGUUUAUAUUUAACAUUUAACUCUCAUAUAUCACAUCAAGGUUAUUCUUAAUCAUUGAACUUCUACAGUAUUUCCAUUAUAUUUCCACAUUUUUCUUAUCCAUAUAGCUGUACGGUCCACUUUUGAACCUGACCAUACAUUAGUUGCAGCUAAAUAUUCACUCUUAUCAGCCUCAAGUUGCCACUUUUCAGUAUUUUUUUAGUGCAUAACUGCUUGUGUGUCAGAAGGAAUGUUCCUAGAUUAUCCUGUUCUGUAUCAAACACUAUUUUUUUAAAUGUUCUACAUGUCACUCUUUGUUUCCCUUCUCAUUAGUCCUCUUUCAGCAUCCAGUUGUGAGGCAUUUUCCAAUGCUUCAAAUCACUUCCACUGGUCGUAGCAGAAUCUUUCUCAUCCUGUCCUCCAGCUCCAGGAAAAUGCUUGUUCAAAAAGGUGGCCCUGAUGAGCACAAUGGUGCAAGAGAGGGCAUGUCAUUGCUCAGUCCUGUGUUAGUGAGUAACAGACAAACUCCAGGUAAAUACAAAUACACUUUUUUUUCAAAAAACAAACUGACUUUUAGUGCGAAAUACAGGUACUGGCUGUAGUUUUGAGUUCUUGUGUUUUUUUAAUUUUAAUGACAUCUGUAUUUCUGUUUAAUAACAAACAAGCAAAAAAAAAAAAAAAAAAAAAAACAAAAACCCUAGAGGAAAAAUAAACACAACAAAAAAAAGUCUCCCCCAAAACCCACAAAAAGUGGUGCUUGAAUAGCAAUCCACAGCUGUUUCUACAGAAAGCCCAUUUUGUUCUUUACACUGAAAGAGCUGUUGUUCUGCCUAAAAAUAGCCUCAACAGAACAGCCAAACAUCAGAGAAUGAUUUUGAAAAGGACUUCCAGAAUUCAACUAAGAGUGUAUAGACUCCUGAGCUGCAAUAGUGAUACUCUGCUUUUAGAAAAAAACCAACUGUAGCAUUCUAAGUAGCUUUAAUGAUUAGAGCAUUACUUCUGUGUUACAGAAGCCAUAGGAAAGCAAAGUUAAAGACAUCUCAGGCUGAAAGUAAGGUGAGUUGGCACUGGUUUCCUGCGUGACCGUGGGCUAAAGGCAGGCUUGACUUUUUGGCCUUUUAUUCCUCAUCUGUAAAAAUAAAAACACCUAAAUACAAAAUGGUAUUAGCCACCUUUGGAAGGCUUUGAGAUCUUUUACUGCAAAAAGAUGUGCAAUUUUCUUUAUUUAAGAAAUAAAAGCUUUUGAUGCAAACAUG